AUGGCUCCCAGGUAUGCCGCCGUGGCGGCAUGCCUCCUGUUGACGUGCUGUCUGGGGGCGCUGGGCUGCGACGUCUGGGGCAACUGCGCAGCAUGCGUCAGGAAGGCGAGCCUGCAGAAAGCCAGGGAGAACAGGGACGCGCUGCUGCAGUUUCUCGAGAACAGGACUUGUGAGAAUUGGGGAGCGUUGAAGUUCAAGACCGUCGUAUUUAAAGGCCAGAUGUUUACCAGCUGCAUGACCUUCGACGGGCACGAGUUCCCCGGCGGCAGCUACUCUACCUGCGAAGAAGAGGAGGACGUGGAGGUCCGAAUCGAUGAAGACGUAUCGAUCGAUGCGGAGGCCAACACGACCAAGUGGCUGGCGCAGGAUGGCCAGUUCGAAUGCGAGCCGGAUGGAACGCUAUUGUUCAAUCGCGGGCCUGGCAGGCAUGAAGGGCUUGACGACUUGCACGAGCCCCACAAGUUCACUCCCCACAACCUGGAUUGGCCAUCCGACACGCCGAUGGUUGGGUUCCAGGUCUUUGGGCAUGGCACACGUGUGAAUCGAGACUGCUAUCCCGUCUGUACUCACUAUUGCUAUGACGUGCCCUCGGCUUUUUUGGUCAUAUACGACGUUGUCGACGGCAAUGAAACAAGCGUCCUUCCUGUGGUGAAGGCUUUCGGAGGGUGA